CUUGUGUUAGAUCCAGAUCUUUAAGUCGGAGAAAAAAGUAAAUAUAAUACUAUGGCGAUUCUCUUAUGGCAAAGUUCUCAGUCAUUUAAAAAUUGCGAAACGUUGACGAAGAUGCUCACUUACGUUAGCUUUCAAUCAUAUACCAUUUCCCCCAAACUUGUACUCUCUUCGAGCAAAACCUCUCUCAAAUGCUACCAUGGGGAAGAAGCUAACCAACUACAAAUCCCCGCCGCGGCAUCACGUAUUCAUCAAUUCCCACGGAGCCGACCUGCUCCGCGGCGGAUUCGUUCACAAAAUCGGGACGGGCUUGAGCAGCAUCGAUGUCAACGCGUACGCAGAUGAGCCGACUGGUGAAGAAGAAGGUCUUACCCAAGAUGUUUUGGAUAAGAUCGAGAAGUCGAGUAUCGCGAUUGUAGUGUUCUCGAGCAGGUACACCGAGUCGAGAUGGUGCUUAGAGGAGCUUGUCAAGGUCAAAGCACGAAUGGAACAAGGCAAACUCACCGUGAUUCCGAUCUUCUACAAGCUCGAAGGAGGCUCAGGUCUCAACUUGGAGAAUCCCGCUAUGCGUGAUUUUGAUUCUGAAAAGGUCAAGUUCUGGAACGAAGCUUUGGAUUCCGUCUCGUGCACGAUGGGAUAUCACUUGUAUAAGACCAGUGAUGAGUCCAGGUUUAUCACUAGCAUUGUCAAGGAGGUCAAAAGACUAUUGAUCCAAAUUCCAUUAGAGGAGCACGUUAACGAGUCAGAUGAUUCACUGAUUGAGAAGCAGAAAGACGCCUCUGUGGACUCCUCCAAAUCAGAGACUGUGGAUGGUGUGAGUGUCAUAGGUGAAGCAGAAUUGAGUGGAGAAUCAGUAAACGAUAUCACUUUCCUUUGCGAAGCCGACGAGAGAGUUGACUCAGUCAAUGACGAAGAAGUUAGCACAAGCUCUACCUCAGUGACCUCCUACAAACCUCCGCCUGAGCAUAACGUGUUCAUUAAUUUCCGGGGAACUGACCUGCACGACGGCUUUGUCGGCCACAUCGUGGAAGCACUGGAAAAAGUUGGAUUCAACGUCUAUAUAGAUGAAGAGGAGCCGCAACCUGGUGAUCUUACAGAUCUUCUGUUCAAGAGGAUCGAGGAGUCGAGGAUUGCGAUAGUAAUCUUCUCAAGCAGGUACACUGAAUCAACUUGGUGCUUAGAUAAGCUGGUGAAGAUCAAAGAACGAAUGGAUGAAGGAAAGCUCCUUAUCAUUCCAAUCUUCUACAAGGUGAAUCAAUUGCAGGUUAAGCAACUUGAGGGAAAUUUCGGUGUCAGGCUUUGGAAUUUGUGGAGGAUUUAUCGAGGGCACCAAAUCAUUAAGUGUAAGGAAGCUUUGGAGUCUGUUGGAGGCAUGAGGGGUUUCCCGUUUGAGGAGUUUCGUCUUGAGAGUGAGCUCAUAACUUCCAUUUAUAGGGAGGUCAUUACUCAAAUGAUCAAGAUUUCGUCACCGGAAUGGAAAAAACCAUCUUUGUUUCAUUCUUCACAGAGGGGAGAAAGUAUUCAGUUGCCCACAAGAAAAGAUGAAAAUCAUGAAACUUAUAUCAGUGAGCAUCCCUUCUUUGGAAUCGAGCUGCGAAUGCAGCAAUUGGAGCAAAAGUUAGAGUUUGAUAACAACGAAACUCGAAUUAUUGGAGUUGUUGGGAUGCCCGGUGUGGGUAAAACCGCUCUCGCAAUGAUGUUGCACGAAAAGUGGAACCGAAACUUUGUACGUUGCAUGCCUCUUAUGGGUAUCCGCAAGAUGUUAAACGACCAUGAGCCAGCGUGGCUGCGGAAGACGCUCCUGGAAGUCCUACUCGAGGGGAAUUUUCCAGUUACAAACAACGAGACAACACAUGAAUCUGUGAAGGAUAAACUGCUCCAGGCUAAAGUCUUUGUUAUUCUUGAUGACGUGAGUGAGAAGAAGCAGUUGGACAUUCUCCUUGGAAAUCUAGACUGGAUUAAGAAGGGGAGCAAGAUUGUUAUCACAACGUGUGACAAAUCUCUGCUCGAGGGAUUUGCUAAUGAUACUUAUGUGGUCCCGCUAUUGAAUGAUAAAGAGGCCUUUCAACUCUUUUGUUAUCAUGCCUUUGAUGAUAAAAUCAAUAGUCCCACCGGGACCCUCCUGACUCUCUCCAGAGUAUAUGUUGAUUACGCCCGAGGACACCCGCUGGCUCUCAUUUUACUGGGCACUGAACUUCGUGGAAAAGAGGAGGCUCACUGGGAACAUAGACUGGAGACAGUAACACAUAGUUACGAUACAAAUAUCUGGAGAUUCUCUACUGAUCAACUUAAUGAGCAGCAGAAAGAUGUGUUCGACAUUAUAUAUUUUUUCAUAUCAGAGGACGAGUAUUUUAUUAGGUGUCUUCUGGGCUCAGGAGAUUCUGACGCUACUGAGCCCGUAGGUGUAUUAAGAGACCUCGCUGACAAGUUCCUGAUCACAAUCUCCGGUGGCCGAGUAGAGAUGAAUGACUUACUGUACAGGUUUGGCAAGGGUCUUGGUUCUCCUUGGCGGCGUAGGCUGUGGAACUACAACGAUAAAAAAAUUAAUACAAUGGAAGCUAAUAAUGUGAGAGGUGUUUUGUUAGACAUGUCCCAAGUAACAGAGAAGAUUGACUUGGAAAGUAUGGCCUUCACCAAUAUGGACAAUCUUCGAUACUUGAAGAUAUUUGAUUCUUGUUGUCCUCGGCAAUGUAAAACUAAAUGCAUACACGUCCCAAAUGGGUUCAAAUUUCCCUUGAAAGAGGUUCGAUAUUUUCAUUGGGUAAAAUUCCCGUUGGAGGAACUUCCCCCAGAUUUCAGUCCUGGAACCCUUGUUGACCUUAGGCUGCCGUACAGCAAAAUUGAACGUGUUUGGAAAGGCGUUAAGGCCGCACCACGAUUGAAAUGGGUAGAUCUACGCCACUCCACCAAGUUGCUUGACUUGUCAGCAUUGUCAAAAGCUGAGAACCUUCAAAGACUAAUUUUGGAAGGCUGCACGAAUUUGAAGGAGUUACCUAGAAAGAUUCAAAAGAUGAAGUCUCUUGUUUUCCUGAACCUGAGAGGAUGCAUACGUCUUUCAUCUCUUCCCUUGAUGAAUUUAAUUUCUCUAAAAACUCUCAUCCUUAGUGACUGCACAAACCUCGAGGAAUUUCAGCCUAUCUCUGAAAGUCUAGAAGUUCUACAUUUGGAUGGCACUGCAAUCAAGGGACUUCCUCCGGCCAUCAAGAACCUCCAGAAACUAGUCUUAUUGAAUUUGAAGAACUGCAAAAUGUUGGAGUAUCUUCCCAACUGCCUUGGAGAGCUGAAAGCUCUUGAAGAAUUAAUACUCUCUGGUUGUUCAAGGCUUAAGAAUCUUUCAGAUGUAAAGGAGAGCAUGAAACAUCUUUUGAGUUUACUUAUCGACAGUAUAGGAGCAAAAGAAAUGCCAAACUUAUCGUGCAUUACUAUACCCGAAAGCCAAUCUUGUGCAGAUAUGGUAUUAAAACGUAUUGGCCCGAGCAGAUGGCCAUUUGUUGUUAAUAGAGUAUCCUGUCUGCAACGUCUAUGUUUAAGCGGAAAUGAUUUUGUCAGCCUGGAAAGUGACAUUUGGCAACUUUAUGAUCUGAAAUGGCUUGACGUGAAGGAGUGCAAGAAGUUGAGAUCUAUUCCGAUGCUUCCACCAAAACUUCAAUACUUUGAUGCUCAUGGCUGUGAUUCACUGGAAAGUGUGGCAAAUCCUCUGGCCCUUCCGGUUCUAACGGAGCAGAUCAAUGUCAGAUUCAACUUUUCGAACUGCAACAAUUUAGAUCAAGAUGCAAAGGAUAGUAUUAUAUCCUAUACUCGAUGGAAAAGCCAGUUUCCGUUAGAUACACUCUUUCGGGACAACCGGAGUUUUGUUUUUGAAGCUUUAGUUGAAACUUGCGUUCCAGGAUGGGAAGUACCCGCAUGGUUCAGUCAUCAAGCAUCUGGGUCGCUGUUAGAGCAAAAGCUUCGUCCGCACUUUUGUGAUAACCAGUUUACUGGGAUAGCACUGUGCGCUGUUAUCCUGUUUCCAGGCUACCUUGACCAGAGCAACCGUCUCUUAGUGACAUGUAAUUGUGUGUUCAAGUAUGAAGAUGGGUCUUGUAUCCGCUUUAGUUGCACUGUUGGCAGCUGGAACGAGCCAAGUAACACAGUGCUGAAGCUCGCGUCAUCUCAUGUAUUUAUUGGCUAUACCACUAUGCUGGAUAACAAAAAAAAUGGUGAGAAGGAUAAUGAAGAAGGCUGUACUCUUACUGAUGCUUCCCUUGAGUUUCAAGUAAGAGAUAGUGCUGAGGAGGUAGUUGGUUGCAGGGUGCUGAAUUGUGGCUUUAGAUUGGUAUAUGCAUCCGAUGAAAGGGAAAAUACAUGUUGGGAUGCAAAGAGGAUUGAGAACAUCCCAGGUGAACCCAAAACACUCGAAAAAUAUCCAAGCCAUGAUGAUAUCCAGAAUGAGUCUUCCUGUCUAACUUUAGGAACGGAGGAAAACUUCUUAACUGAAGUAGAAUCUGGUGCUAACCUAAGUUUACGGAAGAGUUUAGAAAACAAGAGAGUUGACACUUUAAGUGUAGAAAAUGAAGGAGGAGAAAUUGCUAUGAGCUCUGAUCACGAGAACACGUCUUCAGGAAAUUUAGAGAAGCUUGAAAUGAGCUAUUUCGUUGGACUUAGACUACGACUUAAGCAAAUGGAAAAGGUGUUGUACUCGACGUGGGGAGAAACUCGCAUUGUUGGAGUUGUUGGGAUGCAUGGUAUUGGUAAAACAACUCUCACGAAGAUAUUGUUUGACAGGCGUGGGUCUAAGUUUCCAAGCCACUCGUUUUUAACAAUGUCGAAGGAGUACAGACUAGAGCAAUUGAGGAGGAUGUUCCUGAAAGAGUUACUCAAACACACUAAUCAAAACAUAAGCGAUGAGACAACACAUGAAUUCGUGAAAGAUGAUCUGCUUCAGACCAAGAUUUUCGCUGUUCUUGAUAAUGUGAGUGACAAGAAUCAAUUACAGUUUCUACUCGGCAAUCUUGACUGGAUUAAGAAGGGAAGCAAGAUUGUUAUUACAACGUGUGAAAAGUCAUUGCUCGAGGGACUUGCUCAUGAUACUUAUGUGGUUCCACCCUUGAACAACAGGGAGGCGUUUCAACUCUUUAGUUAUCAUGCCUUUAAGGAUCAAAAUUGUAGUCCUACUGGGACCUUUGUGUCGCUUUCCAGGAUGCUCGUGGAUAGUGCAGGAGGUAAUCCACUAUCUCUCACGUUACUGGGCAGCGAUCUCUGUGGGAAAGACGAGGCCUACUGGGAAGAAGAACUGCAACGGGCGAGACAAAGUUUCAAUACGAAGAUGAGAGAAGUUUGGACAUUCUAUUUUGACCAACUUAAUGAGCGGCAGAAAGAUGUAUUCCUCGACAUAGUGCACUUUUUCAAAUCAGAGGACGAGUACUUUAUUAGAAGUCUGAUGGAUUCAGGAAAUUUCGAAACUGUGAGUGAAGUUAAAGAUCUCGCUGACAAGUUGCUUACUACACUUCCCGGUGGGAAAAUAGAAAUACAUGACCAAAUGUUGACAUUGGGCGACGAACUUGGUUCACCUGGGUGGUAUAGGCUUUCGAACUACAAAGAUAUAAUCGAAUAUCUGACAAAGGAGAAACACCAGGAAGCUAAUAAUGUGAGAGGUAUUAUCUUAGACAUGUCCGAAGUAGAGACGCAUAUCGUCUUGGACAGUAUGACCUUCACCAAUUUGCGGAAUCUUCGAUACCUCAAGAUAUAUGAUUCUUCUUGUCCCCGGCAGUGUAAAUAUAACUGCAAAUUACACUUUCCAGAUGGGUUCGAACUCCCCUUGGAAGAGGUUCGAUAUCUCCAUUGGGUAAAAUUCCCGUUAGAGGAACUUCCGCCAGAUUUCAGACCUGAAAAUCUUGUGGACCUUAGGUUGCCUUACAGCAAAAUUGAACGUGUUUGGGAAGGUGUUAAGGACACCCCACGAUUGACAUGGGUAGAUCUACGCCAUUCCAGUAAGUUGUGCAACUUGUCAGCAUUGUCCAAGGCUGAAAAUCUUCAAAGAUUAAAUUUGGAAGGCUGCACAGUUUUGAAUGAGUUACCUGCGGAAAUUCAAAAUAUGAAGUCUCUGGUUUUCCUGAACCUGCGAGGAUGCAUACGUCUUUGGUCCCUUCCAAAGAUGAAUUUAAUUUCUCUGAAAACUCUCAUCCUUAGCGGUUGCACAAACCUGGAGGAGUUUCAGCUAAUCUCUGAAAGUGUAGAAUUUCUCCAUCUGGAUGGCACAGCAAUCAAAGGACUUCCUCUCGCCAUCCAGAAACUCCAGAGGCUUGUCUUAUUGAAUUUAGAAAAUUGCAAAAGGUUGGAGUGUCUUCCCAACUGUCUUGGAGAGCUGAAAUCUCUUGAAAAAUUGAUAGUUUCUGGUUGUUCAAUCCUUCAGAAUCUUUCAGAGGUAAGGGAUAACAUGAAAUAUCUCCAGAGUUUACUUAUUGAAAGGAUAGGAGGAAAGGAGAUGCCAAACAUAUGCGAAGGACGAGCUUCUGCAGAUGUUGUCGUACAACCUUUUGGCCCAAGCAUAUGGACACGUGGUGUUAAUGGAGCUUCCUCUCUGCGACGUCUAUCUUUAAGUGGAAAUGAUUUUGUCAGCCUCCAAACUGACAUUGGAAAACUUUACAAUCUAAAUUGGCUUGACGUGAAGGAUUGCAAGAUGCUGAGAUCUAUCCCGAUGCUUCCACCAAGACUUCAGUACUUUGACGCGCAGGGCUGUGAUUCACUGGAGAGAGUUGCAAAUCCUUUGGCCAUUCAAGUGUUCACACAUCACAGCCAUGCGACCUUCAAUUUUUCCAACUGUAACAAGUUGGAUCAAGAUGCAAAAGAUAGUAUCAUAUCCUAUACCCAGUGGAAAAGCCAGUUAGUGUUAAAUGCACUCUAUCGACACAGUGGGGCUUCGGUUUUGGAACCUUUGACUGGAACCUGUUAUCCUGGAUGGGAAGUACCUGCAUGGUUCAGUCACCAAGCUUCUGGAUCUGAGUUAGAGCCAAAUCUGCCUCCACACUGGAAUCACAACAGGUUCACAGGAAUAGCUCUAUGUGCUGUUAUCCGAUUUUCGGACUACCAUGAGCAGAGGAACCGCCUCUUAGUGAAAUGUAAAUGUGGGUUUAAUAAUGAAGACGGGUCUCGUUUUUUCCGCUUAAGCUGUACGGUUGGCGGUUGGAGUGAUCCAGGUAAAACAGCAGGGGAUAUUGCACCGUCUCACGUCUUUAUUGGAUAUGCCAGUAUGUUGGAUAUUAAGAAACAUGCUGAAGAGGAUAAAGAGGGAUGUGGUCAUACCAAGGCUUCUUUUCAAUUUGAAGUGACAGAUGGUACAAAAGUGUUAAAUAGCUGCGAGGUACUGAAAUGUGGCUUUAGUUUGGUAUAUGCAUCCGAUGAAUUGCAGGUUAAAUUUGGUUUACGAGAUGAAGCUAAUCAGUACAGAGCUUAUUCAAGAAAAGUCUCUAAUGCAAAGAUGGAAACCGAAACAACGGAAAGGCGACCGGAUAGUAGGCAUGAGAUAGUUGAACUGCCAAAUAAAAUGAUAGCCAUGACAAAGACAGCUGGCAUACCCUCGGAAGUUUAUAGCAUGGAUGCCUCUUUUGUUGAAAAGACUUCUGAGGCUAUUCCGAAAGAGCUAACCAUAAUAGCUGGAAGAAAGCUCAAGUCCUUGGGAAGAGGAGUUAUGGCAGUUGGGCGCGUCUUGUUUCUGGCUUUGUUUGUAGCUUUUCUCUUUAAUCUCUUUAUAGCUCCUCUACUUUUCACCGAUGCAAAAUCUCCUGCCUCCUGGUAAGUUCUCAUUGGUUUUCAUUGCUGGGUGUUGUGUUGUUUUGGGUUUCAUAGCAUGUGCUUGUUGUGUUUGUUUUAAACUGCAUUUGAAAUAUAUUAUACUUGGUUCGUGAGAAGAUAUUUGCUUCGACAUGUAAGUCUUUACUUUUUUUAUUUUUUUAUGAACUAGGUCUUGGACAUUUUUAACUGGAACCAAAGAAUCGAACUAAACCGAAAUAUUAUAAAUA